AUGGCCCGCACCAAGCAGACAGCGAGGAAGAGCACGGGGGGGAAGGCUCCUCGAAAGCAACUGGCCCCCCAGAAGCCACGUCGGCCGUCGGCAGACUGGUGCGACAGCCGUGCAAGCGAAGCCGCCCGUUUGGCCGCCGGCGAGCUCCUCCCGCGCUACGCCUGGGCCUCGGAGACGUACCCCGACGCCUUCCUCGAGCCCCUCGACGCGAUGCUGUCCGCGUUCGAGGAAGACGUGGCGCUCGCCGUUACGACCGUCCCCGAGCUUCGCAUCGUUUGCGUCUACCCCUGCAUCAAGAAGCUCGUGCUCUCGCUCAACACUCUCGAAAAGUACAUUAGUGGCGACGAGCGCGAGGAUCUCAUCGAGUACAUGCGCAAAGUGAUCGAGUUCGCUGGCAUCCGCUCCGAGGACAUGGAAGCGGAGUUUGGGAGGGUCGAGGAAGUCCUCGAGAGAUGGUGGGAGUACUGA